GUACGCCUGCAAAACUACGUGGUCGCAAUGGCAUGGCUGAAUGUAAACAUGUUAAUAUUUUAGAAUUUGGCUUUGUUUAAAUUAAUAACAAUUUUUGUUAAGACUCUACAUUAUAUAGAACUAUAUAUAGUUGCCUAAAUAAAAUGCUGUCGCGUAUGGUAUCAAAAUUCAACUGGUAUUAUUUUUUGUAACCGGUGUGAACUUAGGUAGAAGCGUCACUCGGGUCUGUUUUAAUGGCGGACGCCAAUAAUUUUGGAAGUUUCGUGAUUCUAUUGUUCGUUCUAGAGUAAUUGUCUCGGUUUGUGCAUUAGGAAUGUGUAUUAUUGCAAGUGAUUCAAAUCAGUGUCCCAAAAACGUGAAUGUGAUAUCAAAAGUUAUGGUAUAUGGUGACAAAAGCUUCUGCUAGAUAGUAACCUUUUCCCUAACCUCGUUUACGGCAAUGGAGUAGAUAUGUGAUCGAUGUGUGUGCGUCGGUGAACGAUUCUUCGUCCGUUUCAUGUUACUGAUUCUAGUGAAGUGUCUCGGCAAAUUCGUGAUGGAAGUGUCCGCGUCGCGGUUUAUAAAUCCGACGCCCGAUUUCGAUGUAACGUAAGCGAACCGGUCUACCGCUAACCAAGUAGGCAGAGACAGCCCGCCUUCAGCCAAACAUGGCUGCAACGCAGGCUGAGUCUCAGCGGACUGAAGCUAAUGUGGAGCAGAAUCCACCAGAUCAGCACAUAGAAUCUAGGAAUGCAUUAUUACAGAACGGCACCGACAAGUCCGUCGGGCGCGUUCCGCCCGAUGGCGUCGUGAACACAAAGACAAAAUCGCCGAUGUCUGCGGACCCGGGGCCGCCCCGGGACGGCGGCGAGGCGCCGGGCCACGACCGGGGCGGAGAGCGGCCGCCGCCGGACCAAUAUGGGCAAUACCGUUACCAAGAAGGCGCAGAUCCUUAUUACGCUCCCCGGCCUGGGUUUCCCGGUAAACCGAGGCCGCCGCCUCCCCAGCAGCGGUUCUUCCCGGGGCAGCAGGUGUCGCAGGCGCCGGGCCCCACGCCGACGCUCAAUUCCCUGCUCCAGUCUGGCGGAGCGCCACCACAGCGUUAUCCCAACGCAUACGAGCAGCCCCCGGCCGGCUACGGCCCGGCGCCCGGGUGGCCGCCGCAAAGGCAUAUGCCGCCCUACAAUCCUCAAGGAAAUCCCUACAGAAAUUCAACUCCACCCCGCGGCGCGGCGCCGGGCUACGGAGGGCCCCCGUACGGCGGUCCGCCGGGGCCGCAGCAGCCGCCGGCGGGCUACGGGCCACCGGGCUCGUACCCGCAGCGGUACCCGCCGCCGGGGCCGCCGGGCGCGCCCAACAACAGACCGCCGUUCUCUUCGCACCAGGGCUAUGAGCGAGGCGGCUCUCCGCAGCCGUCGCCGCACCCGGCCGGCGCGCCCAGCCCGGGGCCCGCGCAGAGCGCGCCCGGAGCGCUGUCACCCAACCAGGACUCGCAGCACCCGCCGCACCCCGGACACCCGCACCCCAACCAGCAUGGGCCGCCGCCUCAUCAGGGCUACCCUCCCCCACCUCGGCCGCCGCAGCCUUCUACGCCAAACGCACAUGAUCCUGACAAUGAUCUGACCGGGCAGAACAGCAAUGACUCUGGAGGCAGCGGCGGCGCCGGGCGCUCGUCCACGCCGCACCUGAGGCCCACGCCCAGUCCCACCGGCUCCAGCGGCUCGCGGUCCAUGUCACCGGCUGUCGCGUACGGCAUUCCAGGCACGCAGAGCGCCCCGAUGCCGCCGCGGCCGUCGUCGUCGCAGUCGGACGGAGCGCCGCGCGCGGGCGGGCCGGCCCCCGCGCCGCCGCCCGGCGCGCUGGCGGCGCAGGCCUACCCGCACCAUGGGUACAAGCCGCCGCACUACCCGCCGCAGCCGCCGUACGGGUACCCGCCGCGCAACCACCACCCGUACCCGUACCCCGGCUACCGGCCGCCGCCGCCGCCGCAGCACUAUCCACCGGUUAAUAAGCAGCAAGGCGGGCGGCACAUGGGCCCGCCCGGGUCGGACGGCGGUAUGCCCCCGCCCACGGCGCCCGGGCCUGACUCACACGACAACGGCCCGGCCGCGCCCGCCACCCAGCUCGUGACUACUGGCCCGGAUGGAGCCCCGCUGGAUGAGGGCAGCCAGCAGAGCACGCUCAGUAAUGCUUCCGCUGCAUCAGGCGAGGAAUCCUGCGGCACUCCAAAAGCGCGCAAGGACUACGGUCCGGGCAGCGCCGCGCCGUCGCCGUCGCCGGGCGGCGGGUCGCACUCGCACGACGACUACGACGCGUCGCCUAGCGCCUGGCCACGACCGCCCUCUAGUCCCGUGUUUAACAGUCACAUACCGCCGGAGUCCUACAGAUCAAAGGCUCAGAAAUCGGACUCGUUGGGCAAGCUGUUCGAGAUGGACGAGUCGCCGGAGCGGCGCAGCUGGCUGGAGCGACUGUUCGCUUUCAUGGAGGAGCGACGGACGCCCAUCGGCGCCUGCCCCACCAUCUCCAAGCAGCCGCUCGACCUCUACCGCCUGUAUCUGCUGGUGCGCGAGAGAGGAGGAUUUGUUGAGGUGACAAAGAACAAGACGUGGAAAGACAUAGCGGGCCUGCUCGGCAUCGGCGCAUCAUCGUCAGCCGCCUACACUCUCCGCAAGCACUACACGAAGAACCUGCUAGCCUACGAGUGCCACUUCGACCGCGGCGGCAUCGACCCUCAGCCGAUUAUUAACCAGGUGGAAGCAAGUACGAAGAAGAAGGGCGGCAAGACUAAUAAUACUACUAGUGCGGGCACAUCAAACCCUCCAGAGUCGUUUCCCGGCGGGCAGCCGGCGCCGGGCGCACCCAUGGACGGCUACAGCGCCCAGUACCAGGGCUACCCGCCGCAGCCCAACCAGAGCCAAGGCGGCGGGCCGGGCGGCGACAAUCUAGCCGCUUCGAACCCCUUCGACGAGCCGCCUCGCCGACCCCCAGGUUACCAGCAAGGCGGUUACGGCUAUGAAUACGGAUCGCCAUACCCUCAGAACAGGCCAGUGUAUCCUCCUGGACCGUACGGUCCUGAAGGCGACAGGGGCUACGCGCAGUCCGGCAGCCCCGGCUCAGCGGAAUACCGGUACGGCGCGGGCUACGGCGGCGCGUACCGGGCCGGAGCCCCGCCCCCCGCCGGCACGCCGCCGCCCGCGCAGCCCUACCCCGAGUACUACCGCGCGCCCGCGCCGCCGCUGCACCCCAACCACCAGCCGCCGAUCAACCAUCAGCCGCCUAUUGAGGGCGGCGCGGCGGGUAACCUAAUGAACUCGCAACUUGCGCGCCAGCUGGUGGCGCCGCUCCCGCCCGGCAAUGCGAAAAGCUACCAACACUACGGCGCGAACAAGCCUCUGGGCGCGGGCGCGGCGGCGGCGACAGUGGGCGCGGCGCCGCGGCGGCACCCGGACUUCGCCGGCAAGGAGGGCGCGUACCCGCCGUCUCGAGCGCAGUUCCCGGGCCAGUGGGGCGGGCAGUACCGCGCGCCGCAGCCGUGGCGCCCGCCCGGCGCGCCGCCGCAGCCCUGGCCGCCCUACCAGGGACAUCCGCCGCAGCCGGGUCAGCCCGGCUGGGGCGGAGCACCGGGGCCGCGGCCCGUGGCCGAACCCUACCCUCCCAACGCCGCUCCCUCACCUGGAGGAGCGACGGGCGGCACGACGAGCGGCGGGCUGAAGCGCGAGCUGACGUUCCCGGCGGAGUGCGUGGAGGCGGCGGCGCCCGGCGCGGACAAGCGCCGCCGCCUGGCGCGCGCCGACGUGGCGCCCGUGGACGCCUGGCGCCUCAUGAUGGCGCUCAAGUCCGGCCUGCGCGCCGAGACCGCCUGGGCGCUCGACGUGCUCAACAUCCUGCUGUUCGACGACGCUUGCGUCGCCUACUUCGGCCUGCAGCACCUGCCCGGCCUGCUGGACCUGCUGCUGGAGCACUUCCACCGCAGCGUGGCCGACGUGUUCGACACGCCCGCCGCCGCGCCGCCGCCGCCCCCGCCCCGCGCGCCGCCCGCGCCGCCGCCGCCGCCCGACCCCAGCGACCGCUGCGAGCUGCUCUCCGGCGACAACUACACGCUCGAGUCGCGCCGCCGCUACCCGGUCACCUUCCGCGACGACCGCCUGUUCGCCGACGACGACUCCGAGCCCGAGGAGCGGCCCGAGGACGAGCUGCUGGAGCCGUGGCAGCCGCCGGGCGCCGCCGCCGCGCCGCUGCUGGCCCCGGACCACGUGGCGCCGCCCGAACCGCCCUUCGCGCGCCUGCUGCCGGGCGGCCGCGCCCCCGCGCCGCGCGCCGCCUCCCCGCCCGCGCCCCGCGCCCCCGCGCCCGCCGCCGCGCCCGCGCCCGACACCGACGACCUCUCCCCGCAGCCCAUGGAACUGGAGCGCGCGCGGCUGGACGUGCGCGACCCGGCCGGCGUGCUGCGGCGCCGCCGCCUGGCGGACUACGAGGACGAGUGCUACACGCGCGACGAGCCCUCGCUCAACCUGCUGUCCGAGGCGCACGAGGCGCUGGCGCGGCGCUGCCUCGCGCUGUCCAACAUCGUGCGCUCGCUCACCUUCGUGCCCGGCAACGAGGCGGAGUUCGCGCGCUCGCCCGCCUUCCUGGCGCUGGCGGGGCGCCUGCUGCUGCUGCACCACGAGCACGCGCCCCGCGCCGCGCGCGCCCGCGCCUACGAGCGCGCGCCCGACGAGCGCUGCUGCUCCUCGCUGCACGGCGAGGCCGAGUGGUGGUGGGACACGCUGCAGCAGCUGCGCGAGGACGCGCUGGUGGCGUGCGCCAACGUGGCGGGCGGCGUGGAGCUCAGCGCGCAGCCCGAGCAGGUGGCGCGCCCGCUGCUGGACGGGCUGCUGCACUGGGCCGUGUGCGGCGCCGCCGUGGCGGGGGACGCGCCGCCCGCCGCGCCCGCCUCGUCCCCGCUGUCGCCGCGCCGGCUCGCGCUCGAGGCGCUGUGCAAGCUGUGCGUGACGGACGCCAACGUGGACCUGGUGCUGGCCACGCCGCCGCGCGAGCGCGUGUCGGCGCUGUGCGCGGGGCUGGCGCGCGACCUGUGCCGCCCCGAGCGGCCCGUGGUGCGCGAGUUCGCCGUGAACCUGCUGCACUACGUGGCGGGCGCGGGCUCGGCGGCGGCGCGCGAGGUGGCGCUGCACGCGCCCGCCGUGAGCCAGCUGGUGGCCUUCAUCGAGCGCGCGGAGCAGGCGGCGCUGGGCGUGGCCAACCAGCACGGCGUGGGCGCGCUGCGCGACAACCCGGACGCCAUGGGCACGUCGCUGGACAUGCUGCGGCGCGCGGCCGCCACGCUGGCGCGCCUGGCCCGCCACCCCGCCAACCGCCCGCUGCUGCGCCGCCACGAGCGCCGCCUGCUGUCGCUUGUCAUGAGCCAGAUCCUGGACCAGAAGGUGGCGCACGAGCUGGCCGACGUGCUGUACCAGUGCUCGCGCCCGCCCUCGCCGCCCGCCCCGGCGCCCGCCCCCGCGCCGCCCGCGCCCGCCCCCGCGCCCGCGCCGCCCGCGCACUAGUACAGUGACAGGACGCUACCGCUCGGUACGUGUACAUAGUAUGUGAUAGCGCAGACAGUUCAUAGCGUGUCUCAAGUGUUAGUCUGUACAUCAGUUUUGUUAUUUAUGUCCACGAUGAUUUAUUUACGAGAAUGGUGUCGAUGUGCUAUAAUUGAUGAUCGAUUUCUAUUGUUCGAUUGACAAAAGAUGUAUUAUAACUCGUAAUUUUGAUUUUUAUAAUAAAAUGGGACUUGAAUCUGUUUAUUGGUUUUAUGAUGGAGAUUUUUAUACCGAGUACCUUUAUCUAUAAGAAGACAAACGAAGUAGUGUGAGGAGCUUAUGUGGGCUAUAAGAUUAAUUAAGUUUAAUGUGAAUUAUUACAAUAAUCUAUAAUAUAUUGAAAUUGAA